AUGGGCGCCCCACUCCAACCCCCAGUCAUGGUCCUUCAGGAGUACCCCCUGGUAGCGUCCCUGGGAAUAGGUGCCUUGACGGGCAUCUUUUUCUACAUUUUGUUCUGGCAUUGGACUCAUCCUUUGCGAAAGUACCCGGGGCCUUUUCUGGCGAAAUUCACCAACAUCUACCGUCUCUACAGAACCGUACGCGGGAACUACUACAAUGACCUGGUAGAAAUGCACAGAAAGUACGGACCAGUUGUUCGUACAGCGCCGAAUGUGCUUGACAUCGAUUACCCGGAGAUGAUCAAGACUGUUUUCAACAUCAAAGGGGAUUGGGCGAAGCGUCCUCGUCAACGGCCACCCGUCUACAACCUCUUCUCCGAGCUCGACAAGGCCAAACACGCCGAAGAAAAGAAGCUCGUCUCCAAGUUAUACUUCCCCAACGCCGUCUUGUCUCUGGAACCACACAUGGACACAGCCAUCACGCAGCUCUGCAGCGAGCUCGAAACCCGCUUCAUCGAUACCAAAGAUCACAACGACGAGCCAAAAGAAGGCAAAGUCUUGGACCUAGGCGACUGGAUCUCCCUCUACGCAUGGGACGUUUUGGGCACAGUAACCUUCUCCCGUCCCUUCGGGUAUAUGUCUUCUGGUCGUGACUUCGACGGCUCCAUCGCGCGGGCCCAAGACGCCAUGUUCUAUUUCGCCUGGGUCGGGUGCCUGCCCUGGCUUGAUUACGUGUUUGACAAGAACCCUUUCCCGUUUAUCAGUAACUUGCUAGGUCAGCCGGGGUUUAGCAAGACGAACUCUGCCCUUUCGGUGCAGAGGUUGAUAGACCGGUACGCUGGUAAGGAUGCCGAGUUCCUGGAUACCAGCACGCCGGAUUAUUUGCAGAAAUUCAUGGCUAUUAAGCAAAAAGACAAAUCGGGGAAGAUAAGGGAUGAGAAUAUCGUGGGUUGGUUGAUGAUUAAUACCCUUGCGGGAGCGGAUACGACGGCUAUUGCGAUCAAGACUGCGUUGUACCAUUGUGCGAAACAGCCGAGGGUUUGGAGGCGGUUGCAGAGGGAACUUCAGGUUGCUGAGCGCGGUUACGGCCCAUGGGCAGAGACAGCAAAAGCAAGGACACCGCCGAUCUCGUACAAAACCGCCCGCGCAAUCCCCUACCUAGAAGCCAUCGUGCGCGAAUCGCUGCGCAUCUUACCGGGCAUUGCGUUACCUUUGGAGCGGUAUGUUCCUCCCAGUGGGGUUCAUUUGCCCACCCGCGGCACCGAAAAGACGAAAGACUUUAUCCCAGGCAACCAAGGCUGCAUCCUCUCCUUCACGCCUUACACGCUCAACAGGCACGAAGCAGUUUUUGGUUCGGACUCUGACCAAUUCCGGCCUGAACGGUGGUUGCGAGACGAAAACAACAGAGAAAGCGAGGAAGACUUCAGGGAGAGACUCCAGAAAAUGAAUAACACUGAUUUGAGCUUUGGUGGUGGGAGCAGAGUCUGUUUGGGAAAACACAUGGGGUUGAUGCAGGCGUACAAGGUGCUGGGGACGUUGGCGGCGAGAUAUGAGCUGGAUUGGGUUGGUGAGGAUGGACAAGAUGAAUGGAAGGUGGUGCAGAGUUGGUUUCCUAGGCAGGAGGGGAUCAAAGUAAGGAUGAGGUGGUGCCUGCCUAAAGGUAGAUAG